AUGGAGACGGAAAUUGAAAAUCUACUGACGUGGGCUCAGACGAAAGGCAUAGAGAUCAAUGGCUGCACCCCCAAACAGCUACACGGCCGCGGUGUCGGCAUCGUAGCUACCCGCGCACUCAAGGAGAACGAGGUCAUCCUGCGCGUUCCCACCGCCACGCUGCGCUCCCUCGCCAACACGCCCCCGUCGGUCCUCGCGCGCCUGCCGGGGGCGAGCGUGCACGCCAUCCUCGCCACCGCGCUGUGCUUCGACGAGGCCUCCUCCGCCUCGUUCCGCGCCUGGCGCAACGUGCUGCCCUCGCGCGGCGACGUGCGCGCCGUGCAGCCGCUGUGCUGGCCGGCCGAGCUGCGCGCGCUGCUGCCGCCCACCGCCGCGGCGCUGCUCGCCAAGCAGAGCGCGACCUUCCACAAGGACUGGGCCGUGGUCGAGGCCGCCUACGCCGGGUCCCUCAGCCGGGAGGACUUUUUGUACGCGUGGCUGCUGGUCAACACGCGCUCCUUCUACCACACGACGCCGACGACGGCGCAGCGGCCCAAGGAGGACCACAUGGUGCUGCAGCCCGUCGUGGACCUCUUCAACCACGCGCCGACCGGCUUCUGCGCGGGCGCGUUUGACGACGCCGCCUUCACCAUCACCACGCAGGCGGCGCACGCCGCCGGCGAGGAGCUCUUCAUCAAGUACGGCUCGCACGGCAACGACUUUUUGCUCGUCGAGUACGGCUUCACCCUGCCGCCGCCCACCAACGGCUGGGACGAGACGAGCCUGGACGCGUACCUGUGCCCGUCGCUGACGGCCGCCGGCCAGCGCGCCACGCUCGAAGAGGCCGGCUUCUGGGGCCGGUACAUGCUCGACCGCGAGACGGCUUGCUACCGCACGCACGUGGCGCUGCGCACGCUCUGCCUGACCCCGCUGCAGUGGCGCGCCGUGCUGGACGGGGAGCGCGACGAGGACCGGGACAAGGGCCGGGUGGACGCCGCGCUGGCGGCCGUGCUGCGCCGGUAUGAAGCGGAUAUUGUGGCCCGCCUUGGGGAUGUCGAGGCGUCUACGGCGGGGGAGCCGCGGUCCAGAGAGAGCCUGCGGGAUCGCUGGGCGCAGAUUCAGGAGCUGGUUGUCGGGACAAGACGGAGGUUGGAGGAGCAGGAGUGA